GUUCUUUGCUGUGUCCAUGUGGCUUCGGAAGUUAAACCUUGUUGUAUUUAGUAACGGGCUGUGUCUGAAGUAUUGGAUGUUAUAUCAACCACACAUAUUUCAGUUACGUAAAGAUUAGUAAAACAAUAUUUUGGAAACUAACUAAGAGCUCUUGAGUAAAAAUGGCUGAUGUUGAAGAGAAAUUGAGUAAAAAAUUUCAGAAACAUUCAUCGAUGUAGACUUCAUGCAAUGUUACACAGAAGUAUCCAAACUUUGUUCUCCAUGGGCUGCCAUGGUAUGCCAAAAUGUCUCUUUAUGUGUCCAAGACUGUGGUUUUCUGCCAGUGCUUAUUUUUCUUCACCAGCCAAGGAGGUUCCAGAGAGUGAAUUGAAGAGAAGACUUAAAGCUGAACAGAAAGCCAAAGAGAAAGCAGAGAAGGAGCAACAACGACAAGCCCAGCAGCAAGAACAAGAAAAGAAACAAAGUAAAGAGGAAGAAAUUACAGAUCCUAAUGAAUAUUUUAAGCUUCGGUCUCAGGCAGUAGCUCAGCUGAAGGCUCAGGGGCAUGCCCCUUAUCCUCAUAAAUUUAAGGUAUCUAUCUCGUUAAUGGAGUUUAUUAACAAUUACAACCACCUACAACCAGGAGAAGUGUUAGAGGAUGUUACUGUUAGUGUUGCUGGUCGAGUGCAUGCUAAACGAGAGUCUGGAACCAAGCUGAUCUUCUAUGACUUGAGGGGUGAAGGAACUAAAAUUCAAGUAAUGGCUAAUGCAAAGUAUUAUUCUUCAGAAGAAGAACUUAUCAAAGUGAAUGCCAAGCUCAGAAGAGGUGAUAUAAUUGGUGUUAAAGGAUACCCAGGAAAAACCAAGAAAGGAGAACUGAGUGUCAUCCCAACAUGUAUGGAACUAUUAACACCUUGCUUACACAUGCUGCCUCAUUUACAUUUUGGUCUAAAGGAUAAGGAAACAAGAUAUCGUCAACGCUACCUUGACCUGAUUUUGAAUGACUAUGUUCGACAAAAAUUUAUCACUCGAGCAAAAAUAGUCAACUACAUAAGGAACUUUCUUGAUGAUCUUGGAUUUUUGGAGGUAGAAACACCCAUGAUGAAUAUGAUUGUAGGUGGAGCCACUGCAAAGCCUUUUGUCACUCAUCACAAUGAAUUAGGCAUGGAUCUUUAUAUGAGAGUUGCUCCAGAACUUUAUCACAAAAUGUUGGUUGUUGGAGGCAUUGACAGGGUUUAUGAAAUUGGCCGACAGUUUAGAAAUGAAGGCAUCGACUUAACACACAAUCCUGAAUUUACUACAUGUGAAUUUUAUAUGGCCUAUGCAGAUUAUAAUGAUCUUAUGGUGCUUACAGAAACAAUGAUUUCAGGAAUGGUAAAGAAAUUAACUGGUUCUUACAAGCUAACUUAUCAUCCUGAUGGCUGUGAUGGCGAACCGGUGGAGAUUGAUUUUACACCUCCUUUUCGUCGGGUGAAGAUGAUCCCAGAUUUGGAGAAAGCAUUGGGUGUCAAGCUUCCAGAUCCUAAAGACCUAGACUCUUCUGAAUGCAACCAUAUUUUAUCGGACCUUUGUGAAAAACAUGGAGUAGAAUGCCCAUCACCUAGGACAACAGCCAGGUUACUGGACAAGCUUGUUGGAGAAUUUUUAGAAGAAAAAUUUGUUAAUCCGACCUUCUUAUGUGACCACCCAGAAAUUAUGAGUCCUUUAUCAAAAUGGCACCGGUCUGUGAAAGGUCUAACUGAAAGGUUUGAACUAUUUAUCAUGAAAAAAGAGGUGUGUAAUGCUUACACAGAGUUGAAUGAUCCUGUUGUCCAGAGGGAGAGAUUCGAACAGCAGGCCAAGGAUAAAGCAGCAGGAGAUGAUGAAGCUCAGAUGAUUGAUGAAAACUUUUGCACUGCUCUGGAAUAUGGACUGCCCCCAACAGCUGGAUGGGGCUUAGGAGUUGAUCGCAUGACUAUGAUCCUCACUGACUCCAACAAUAUCAAGGAAGUACUUUUUUUCCCUGCAAUGAAACCAGAUGAUCUCAACAAGCCAAAACAAGAUACAGAUCAAGAGCAGAAUGAAGUCAACAAUCAUGAAGUAGCAUCACAUUCUUAACUUGCACUGGUUACCUAGGUCAGUACAUACAAAAACAAAAUUGUAGUGUUUUGGCUAUAUUAGUCUGAGAAAUAUGCUGUACAUUUUCAGAUGCAUAAAGGAAAAUAUUUCACUCAUUUAUUGUGCUCGGAUCCAGAUGCCAGUUUUAACUGAAAUGCAACUUUUUUUUAUAUAAAAAUUAUCUUCAAGAGAUCAUCUGUGCUGCUUUUUUUGUUUUUCGUAUUCCUGCUGAGAGAGGAUAUGGAGCCUUUUUUGUUUUGCCUUACACACCAUUUAUUGAACAACAAAUCAAAUCCUGAUUGUUUCAUCAUUGUAGUUAAGUUUGAAGAUUAUUUAUAUUGUAUUGACCUAUGUAACUAUAAUACUACAAAUAAAUGAAAUGUGUGUGCUGC